AUGUUUGUGGAGGAGGAUGCUAAAGCCAUCUUGGCUACUUCAAUCCCCCAACGUGACGUUAAAGACAGAUUGGCCUGGAUUGGGACUUCAAAUGGAAUUUAUUCUGCUAAAUCAGGGUACCAUUUCUGGUUUGAUCGAACGGUGGGAACAGGCAAUGUGCAACAACAUCAAGGUUGGAGUAAAAUUUGGAAGUUGAAUUUGCAUCAUAAGGUUAGAAUAUUUACUUGGCGCAUCUGUCGUAAUAGUAUUCCUGUUAGAACUAGAUUGAGCUCGAGGGGUAUUACUCUUCCGUUAGAGUGCCCCAUGUGUGACAAGGCUCCUGAAGACAUGCUGCACUUGUUCUUUAACUGUGACUUUGCACUUGAAUGCCGGAACAAUGUUGGGCUUAGCUACGACAUGACAGGGGUGAUAGAUGUUGCAGGGUGGUUGCUUGAUAAGAUUGUCGAGUUACCGUCAGAUGAGUUUGGUAAGUUGAUCACGGUUCUCUUGGGGGUGUGGUUCUGGAGGAAUAAUAAAGUCUGGAAUAACAAGUUGGUGGCAGCCUCUGUGGCAAUGGCCGAGAGUUGCAGAUCGAUUAAUAACUGGAGAGAAGCAAGGAAGAAACUACAAGUCCAGAAACCAUCUAGAGCUGUGAACAUUGAUAGUAGAUGGACACCUCCAGAAGCAGGAGCUCUGAAGGUUAAUGUGGAUGUCAGCAUUCGAGAAGGAGCAGAGUCUUUUGGAAUUGGCAUGGUCCUUAGAAAUCAUGAAGGAAUUUUUAUGGCGGGCAAAACUCUCUGUUUGCAGGCACCAAGCUCAGUUUUUGAAGGAGAGGCAAUCGGUGUUCGAGAGGCUUUAUCAUGGAUUGCGGAUCAACAUUUGGAAGACAGGAGAGUCUAUGUUGAAUCAGACUCUCAGCUCACAGUUCGAGCCAUUCAUAAUGAAGAUGUUAACUAUUUGGAGGUAGGUGUGGUGGUCGAAAGCUGCUACCAGAAGCUCCAACAACUCGAGCAUGUGUCACUUAGUUUCAUUCGGCGAAAUGCUAAUAGGGUAGCUCAUGAAUUAGCUAGGUAUCCCUGUUUAGCUUACUGCCAGGUUCUUUUUACGUCUCCUCCAGGGAAUGUGGUGGAGGCUAUUAUGUACGAUGUUUUGAAAUAA